UAGUUUUGACUUUUUCUUAUUUAUCCCACUACCUCACUCACUCGCAUAAGAAUCCUGAGGCCAACAGCAAAAGCAACACCUUUCUCUUUCUCUCUCGUUCUUUUCUGUAUAAUAAUAAGAUUGAGAAGCCGAUUAAAAGACGUUUUGUGAGAUUAGAGAAUGAGUAGUGUAGUUAGGAAUCAAGGAAGCUGCGUUGCCAUCCGCUCUCUCUCUCCUUCCUCUUCCAUUAACCGUUGCUCUCACGCCUCUGCUUCUUCAGAUGGUGCAACGUGUGGAAGGCCAGCUUGGAUUGGUAAGCGCCUAACUUGUGUUUGUUUCAAGCGAAAGGGAGUUUAUGAAGGGAUCUGCUUUAACAUCACACCCAAACAGUUUCGUUAGCAAAUUGCAGGAGGAAAGGUUGAAUAGGUUGAGGCACCGUAUGAAGGUGUACUUCGAUGGUUCCAGGCCUGAUCACCAGGAAGCUCUAAGAGCACUAUGGUCUGCUACAUACCCUGGAAAGGAACUCCAUGGCUUGAUAUCCGAUCAGUGGAAAGAAAUGGGAUGGCAGGGAAGGGAUCCAUCUACUGAUUUCAGAGGUGCUGGAUUCAUUUCAUUGGAGAACCUGUUAUUUUUUGCCAAGACAUUCUCGACAUCAUUUCAAUGUUUAUUAAAAAAGCAAGGAGGAAAUCGAUCUACAUGGGAGUAUCCGUUUGCUGUUGCUGGCGUAAAUAUCACAUUCAUGAUCAUGCAAAUGCUUGACCUUGAUGCCUCAGUGAAACCUAGGACAUUUAUCCGAUCAGUUUUCUUACAGAUGUUAUCAGAAAAUGAAUGGGCAUUCGACUUGCUAUACUGCGUGGCAUUCGUGGUAAUGGACAAGCAAUGGCUGGAGAAAAAUGCCACGUACAUGGAGUUCAAUGAAGUAUUGAAAUCGACAAGGACUCAGCUGGAAAGAGAACUUCUAAUGGAUGAUGUGUUGCGGAUUGAAGACAUGCCUUCUUUUACCCUUCUCUGUUAGCCAACUUAACCAACUCUAUUAUUAUUAUUAUUAGUGAAAGAGGAGCCCCCAAAAUUACUAGUUCAGGUUCAGCCCCAUUAGGUGUAUUUUUUUACCUUUUCAAUGUUGCGCUCUGUCUUCUGUCCUGCUUUCUUUUUUCUUUUUGGUAAAUUAAUUGAAAAGCUCGUCAUUGUUCUCUUUAA